AUGGCUGACUCGAUGGAGGUCGACGCUGAUGGUCCACGAGGAGUCAAAAGGACUGCUUCUGAGGCAGGUCUACCUCCAGAAACACCUCGUCGUAUCAAAGCUCUGGAUCAGGAUGUCGUCAACAAGAUCGCCGCAGGGGAAAUCAUUGUAGCCCCGAUGCAUGCUCUGAAAGAGCUGUUGGAGAAUUCGGUUGAUGCUGGGUCGACCAUUGUGGAAGUCGUCGUCAAGGAAGGCGGUUUGAAACUGCUUCAGAUUACAGAUAAUGGCCAUGGGAUCGAGGCAAGUCUCAAGGAUGACUUGCCGAUUCUGUGCGAGAGGUUCACCACAUCGAAGCUGAAGAACUUUGAAGAUCUUUUGUCGAUUGGAACAUAUGGCUUCCGGGGCGAGGCUUUGGCAAGCAUCAGCCAUAUUGCCCAUCUGAAAGUCACCACGAGGACCGUGAACUCUAGUUGUGCCUGGCAAGCUUUCUACGCUGAUGGCAGACUUGCACCUUCGAAACCCGGGCAAAGUGCAGAGCCAAAACCAACUGCUGGUCGGGCGGGCACGCAGAUUACUGUCGAGGACCUAUUCUACAACAUUCCCAACCGACGGCGAGCGUUCCGGUCACCCUCGGAAGAAUAUGCCAAAGUAUUGGACGUUGUCACUCGGUAUGCCGUACACCGAGAAGGAGUGGCAUUCUCCAUUAAGAAAUACGGUGAAUCCGGCACCGGUUUCUCUGUUGCAGCGGCAGCGACAAAGAUUGACCGGAUCAAGCAAGCUUAUGGUGGUGCGGUAGCAAAGGAACUCAUGGAGUUCAAGGUUCAAGACGACAAAUGGGGGUUCAAAGCCUCCGGGUAUGCCACCAAUGCUAACUACAGCGUAAAGCGAACAACAUUACUUUUGUUCAUCAACAAUCGAUCAGUCGAAUCGUCGGCGGUGAAGAAAGCCAUUGAGCAGACAUAUCAAAUGUUUCUCCCAAAGGGUGGUCAUCCUUUUGUGUACCUCUCUCUUGAUAUUGACCCCGGCCGAGUCGACGUCAAUGUGCAUCCAACUAAACGCGAGGUUCAUUUCCUGAAUGAGGACGAGAUUGUUGAGUUAGUAUGCGAUAAUAUUCGCGAGAGUUUAGCCAAGGUCGAUACCAGCAGAACAUUUAAAACGCAGACUCUUCUUCCUGGUGUCACCCCAAUGACUCCGCUCAACCCCAGAGCGAGGGCAUCUGAGAGCACUCCUCCCACAGACGGCAGUGCUCCAAACCGGCCUUCAACUACAAAGAAGCCCUAUGAAAACAAUUUGAUCAGGACAGACUCGAAGAUGCGCAAGAUUACGUCAAUGCUCCCCCCUGCGCUGUUGACCACAACUUCCCAGGACGGGCCCCCUGCGACUGGAGGAGUACGCUAUUCCACCACCGAUCGAGAACAAAUCCAGAUACGGCUCUCUUCAGUCAAGAACUUGCGAGCUGAAGUCCGUGAAGCAAUGCAUGAUGGCCUAACCGAGGUCUUUGCUUCUCUUACCUACGUUGGUGUCGUUGAUAUCACCCGACGAAUAGCGGCGAUUCAAGCUGGGGUCAAACUAUACCUUGUUGACUACGGCAUGGCUGCGAAUGAGUUCUUCUAUCAAGUGGGGCUCACAGACUUUGGGAAUUUCGGUCUGAUUCAACUCCAGCCUGCGCCCAGAUUGCGUGAUCUGCUUGACAUUGCCGCCGAGUAUCAAAUUGAGUCGGCGGCUGAUUGCGCCCACCUUGACAAAGGGCAAGUGGUAGAGAAAGUGUAUGACCAGUUGAUGAGCCGGAGGCAGAUGAUUUCCGAGUAUUUCGCGAUGGAACUAUCCGAUGACGGGACGCUGGAGACUCUCCCUCUUCUGCUCAAGGGGUACAUGCCAUGUAUGGCCAAACUGCCCACGUUUCUGUUGCGGUUGGGGCCUUUUGUCGAUUGGACGCAGGAGGAGCCAUGCUUCAAGACUUUCUUGCAUGAACUUGCGUCUUUUUAUGUUCCAGAACAGUUACCUCGACGCAAGUCCAACGAUAGAAAUCGUGCAACUACUCUUGCCACAGCCUCGGAGGACAUCAUGACCGGGACAGAGCCGGGUGGUGGGAGUGCCAGCAACCAGGAAGACGGGGAUGACGACGACGACGACGACGAAAACGAGGACGACUUGGACGUAAUGACUGAGAACCGACGGAAAGAACUCGAGCAUGUGCUUGAACAUGUCCUCUUUCCCGCAUUUCGAUCUCGCAUUGUCGCCACGCAGAGUCUACUGGGUGGUGUGAUGGAAGUGGCCAACUUGAAAGGCUUGUACCGUGUUUUUGAACGUUGUUGA